AUAGACUCCAAGGAGAUUUUAUGCCUGGAUAUGCAAGCUCCCAAGGUUUGGGAAGAACUUCUGACAGAAAAAGUGGAGGCAGAAAGUCAUCUCCAAAUGCAGGAAUCCAGACUGAAACACAGUAAUCCACUGGCAAGAGAGAUCUCCCGAGGAAGGCACUUUCGACAGCUCUGCUACCAGGAGACUCCUGGACCAAGAGAGGCUCUCACUCAACUCCGGGAACUUUGCUACCAGUGGUUGAGGCCACAUGUGAGCACAAAGGAGCAGAUCCUGGACCUACUAGUGCUGGAGCAGUUCCUGUCCAUCCUGCCCCAAGAGCUGCAGGGCUGGAUGCGGGAACACUGUCCAAAGAGUGGAGAAGAAGCAGUGAUUUUGCUGGAGGAUCUGGAGAGAGAGCUCGAUGAACCGCAACACGAGAUAGUAGCCUACAGACAGGAACAAGAAGUCUUUUCUAAAGGGACAGUGUCUCUGGAAGCACAGAUGUCACUGGCCCUUCAGUCCCAGUCUAAGGAGCCCCAACUCACACGUGACCCUGCUCAGGAGCCCCAUCCUAUUGGAGAGACAGACACAUUUCUGUUUUGCAAACCUGUUGUCAUCUCCCAGCUAAAAGGAAGUGGAGAACCUUGGUCUCAUCCCAGAGAAGUCCUAAGAGGUGGAAUGACCCAGACUGAGGACAGGGAGUUGGUGCUAAGGAAACAUUGUCCUAAGAGAGUGGAACCAUGUGGGAAAGUGUCUUAUGGACAGACCUGGGAGGAAUCACAGCAGGGGCCCUGACAUGGAGAAGUCAGUGAACAUAAGGGUGGGGUAGAGAGGCACUGGGGAAGCCCUGUAGGAACCGGACCACACAGAUGUGAGGAAUGUGGAAAGAGCUUUGCUCAGAGCUCGGGUCUGGUUCGACAUCAAAGAGUUCACACUGGAUAAAGACCCUAUGAGAGUAAUGAGUGUGGGAAAACCUUCAGUUGGAGUUCGGGUCUUUUUAAUCACAGAGGAAUCCACAAUAUUCAGAAACGGUACCACUGUAAGGAGUGUGGAAAGGCCUUCAGCCAGAGUGCCGGUCUCAUCCAGCAUAAGAGAAUCCACAAGGGAGAAAAGCCAUAUCAGUGCAGCCAGUGCAGCAAGAGCUACAGUCGACGCUCGUUUCUCAUCAAGCAUCAGAGAAGCCACACUGGGGAGCGCCCUCAUCAUUGCAACCAGUGUGGGAAGAGCUUUAACCGCCACUGCAACCUCACGCGCCAUCAGAAGAUCCACCUGGUGGCUGAGCUGGUCUAAUACAAGCUAUGUGCAAGUUUUCCGGAUCAUUCACCAAGUCACGUGGGGAUCCUGGUGAAUGCUCCCAGUAUUCUACAUACUGUCCUGUAUAACCCUAUAUUUUCUUUGGAACUGCUGAGUUUUCCAUCUGAAAUAAUAAUCCAGUAUAAAGAAGGGACCUGUUAGGGGGGAGAAAAUCUUCCAAAUGAAAUGCAAGAAUAUGAAGUUGGUAUGCAUCUGCAAAGUAUAUGAAGAGGGAAUAAUUUGAGGAGGGCAUGAUAAAGAUGAAAUCUGUGAUGUCAGGGGCCAAAAGAAGAAGUAAUGGCCAGACACAGAACAGGUAUGUGGGAUAAGGAAAGAAAAGUUCAGACGGUGGACAUCUGUCAGUAGAAGGAAUGAAGAUGGGCCUAGGAACAUACCCAGAAUGGUCCAGAAUGCUUAUGGAUGUGUCAAGAUUUGAUCAUGUAGGUGAAAUAUGCAACAGACUGUCAACAUGGUAACUGGGGUAGAUGGAGGACGACAUGACCCUUUCGCUUUGUGUUACCUCUCUUUGAGCUGUGAAUGUGCUUAUUGUACAGAGAUGGUAUGAAUCCCCCUUCCAAUUACUAGGGAUGAUGCUAUGAAGAAUGAAUGAAAAAUGUUUUAUUCUCAUCAAGGAACUUUUGGGGGAUAGUAGGGCAGCACCCAAGCUGGUCCAGAAUUGACUUGAAUAGUGCAAAGGAUGUCACAGGUUAAGAGAGCUGAGACUGGAACUUCCAAGGCAGAAUUUGAAAUUUUGCCUUCUAUAAUGUAUAUUAAAGUGUUAGUUUCUCA